AUGGGGGUUUCUCUUACCUCCCACAAUAACCCUCUUCUUCGCCACUUAUCUCCUCCCUCUUACUGGGUCUCGCGUUCUUCGCGUUUUUCUUCUUCUCUACCUUCCUUCCUCGUCCCUUGCCGUAAAACCCUCCAAAGGAAAUUAGCUUCGACAGAAGGAAACGUCACAGUUUGUCAUGGAUUCCAGCAGCAUUCGGGUCAUCAACGGUCGUCUUCUGCUGUGUUUAACGGAGAGUGGAUACUUCAAUCGGAAUCCAACAAGGCAAGGAUGGUUCCGAAGAUAAACAAAGUGGGGAAUCAGACGCAGGUUGGUGAAACAGUUCAUGGGAGUGUAAGUAACUGGGGGGAGAAAGCAAAGAGAAUUAGAGAGAAAGGUCAAAACUUGGAUGAGGAGGCCAACGACGGUUGUCAUUUCAAUGAAUAUAUCCCAGUUGUACCUAAGUCUCCUCCUUCCUAUGGAACCUCUGAGAAGAUUGAUUAUGGAUUCAAGCCUAGAGGUAUCAGUACUGCUACACUCCAUAAAGAACCGGUUGCGCAAUCUGCACCUGUUGUGACAGUACCAAUCAAGAAUCUGGAGGUUGAGAGAGAUGUGGAUGUGAGUCUUAAAGGAGAUAGCAAACCGAAGACUCUUAAAGCCGGGAAGUCGUCUUCUGGUGGUAAAGUAAGCAAUGAGGAUGAAGUUGCCUUUGGCAAAGUGGAGAAGAACACUGAAUCUUCGAAAGUAAGGGAGAACCUGAAGAAAAUAUAUGAAAAGGUUCUCAUUGUUGAUGAUGUCUCCGCUGCGAAGGAUGUUGUGGCCAAGCUCUCGAGCCAAUACAGAAAUAUUGUGCAUGCUUGCGAUACAGAGGUGUCUGGGAUUGAGGUGAAGGAAGAGACACCUGUUGAUCAUGGUGAGUUGAUAUGUUUCAGUAUCUAUUGCGGGUCAGAAACAGAUUUUGGUAACGGAAAGACGUGCGUCUGGGUUGAUGUUCUUGGUGAAAAUGGUAGGGAGGUGUUGGCUGAGUUCAAGCCCUAUUUUGAAGACUCAUCCAUCAAAAAGGUGUGGCAUAACUACAGUUUCGAUAGCCACAUUAUAAGGAACCAUGGGAUUGAGAUUUCUGGUUUUCAUGCUGACACAAUGCACAUGGCACGGUUAUGGGAUUCUGGGAGACGGACAAAAGGUGGCUAUUCACUUGAAGCGCUUACAAGUGACCCAAAAGUUCUUGGAGCCACACAGACAAAGGAGGAAGCAGAGUUCCUUGGUAAAAUUUCAAUGAAGACUAUCUUUGGCAAGAGAAAGCUGAAAAAAGAUGGAACGGAAGGGAAAAUUGUCGUCAUUCCCCCUGUGGAAGAGCUUCAACGAGAAGAUCGAGAGGCUUGGAUUUCAUACUCUGCCUUGGAUGCGAUAAGCACGCUAAAGCUAUACGACAGUAUGGCAGAGAAGCUGCAGUUGAAAACAUGGCUUCUUGAUGGAAAGCUACUUUCAGGAAGGACAAUGUUGGACUUUUACCGUGAUUUCUGGCGACCCUUUGGUGAACUUCUUGUGAAAAUGGAAGCAGAAGGGAUACUUGUGAAUAGGGAAUAUCUUGCUGAGAUAGAGAAAGUAGCCAAAGCAGAACAGCUAGUUGCUGUUAGUAGGUUUAGAAAUUGGGCCUCUAAGUAUUGCCCCGAUGCAAAGUAUAUGAAUGUUGGCAGUGACACACAAUUGCGUCAGCUCUUUUUUGGUGGCAUUUCUAACAGUCAGAAUGACGAGGAGCUUCCAGUUGAAAAACUCUUCAAAGUUCCCAAUGUUGAUAAGAUUAUUGAAGAAGGCAAAAAAGCAGCGACGAAGUUCCGUAACAUCAAACUGCACAGGAUAAGCAAGGCCCCACUGUCAACUGAAAAUUUUACUGCCACUGGUUGGCCCUCUGUUAGUGGUGAUACUUUGAAAACCUUAGCUGGGAAAGUUUCUGCUGAAUACGACUUUAUGGAGGAAUAUUCAGAUAUUUCUCUAGAAGAAAUUGCUGAUGAUGAUGAUGAUUCUGCUGCUACUCAGCUACUAGAUCAAGCUUCAGAAACACGAAAGUCCAAGACAGAUGUUGAAACCGACACAUCUGCUUAUGGAACAGCAUUUGCUGCGUUUGGAGGGGGUGAAAAGGGAAAAGAGGCAUGUCAUGCCAUUGCCUCUUUAUGUGAAGUCUGCUCUAUAGAUUCUUUGAUCUCAAAUUUCAUUCUUCCCUUACAGGGAAGUAAUGUAUCAGGCAAAGAUGGUCGCGUUCACUGCUCCCUGAAUAUCAAUACAGAAACUGGGCGCUUAUCAGCUAGAAGACCAAAUUUGCAGAACCAACCUGCUUUGGAGAAGGAUCGGUACAAGAUACGUAAAGCGUUCGUAGCAGCGCCAGGAAAUUCUCUCAUAGUCGCUGAUUAUGGGCAGCUGGAACUUAGAAUCCUGGCACAUCUUGCUCGUUGCAAAAGCAUGAUGGAAGCUUUCAAAGCAGGCGGUGAUUUCCACUCGAGGACAGCCAUGAAUAUGUAUCCACAUAUUCGUAAAGCUGUAGAAAAUGGGGAAGUGCUCCUUGAGUGGCAUCCACAACCUGGAGAAGACAAGCCACCAGUGCCAUUAUUAAAGGACAAGUAUGCUUCAGAGAGAAGAAAAGCCAAGAUGCUCAACUUUUCAAUUGCUUAUGGUAAAACCGCAAUGGGGCUUUCUAGAGAUUGGAAGGUCUCAAGGGAAGAAGCUCAAGAAACAGUCAAUCUCUGGUACAAUGACAGACAAGAAGUAAGGAAAUGGCAAGAACUGCGUAAGGAAGAAGCAAUAAGAGAUGGUUACGUACUCACUUUGCUAGGAAGGGCUCGUAGAUUCCCGGCAUAUCUGUCAAAGGCUCAUAAGAACCAUAUCCAAAGAGCAGCCAUCAACACCCCAGUGCAGGGAAGUGCAGCUGAUGUCGCAAUGUGUGCCAUGUUGGAAAUAUCAGUAAAUCAACGAUUGAAAGAUCUUGGUUGGAAGUUACUUCUACAGAUUCAUGAUGAAGUAAUCUUGGAAGGACCAAUGGAGUCAGCGGAAGUCGCCAAGGAUAUAGUUGUGGAGUGCAUGUCGAAGCCCUUUAACGGAAGGAACAUCCUCUCGGUUGAUCUAUCGGUUGAUGCAAAAUGUGCUCAAAACUGGUAUGCUGCUAAAUAG